AUGGAGAAGAUGUAUCUACUGAUUUUAAUAUGCGGAGUUCUACAUGAAACAUGGUUCACUUCUGAAGCUGCAGUGUUCCUGUCCAGAGAGGCCGCAGGUUCUGUGCUGGCCAGACAGAAGCGCUAUAACACAGGAGCAUUUGAGGAGUUAAAGAAGGACAAUCUGGAGCGAGAGUGCUUGGAGGAGAAAUGUAGCCUAGAGGAGGCGCGUGAGGUGUAUGAGGACAACGAGAAAACGAGGGAGUUCUGGGUCGGUUAUACUGAUGGUAACCAGUGUCUGUCAUCUCCCUGCCUGAAUAAUGGAAAAUGUGAGGAUGGAAUGAGUGCUUAUGUCUGUUGGUGCCCACCCGGUUUUCACGGGAAAAACUGUGAGUUAGAGAUGGCGAGACUAUGUCAGGUGGAUAAUGGGGGCUGUAUGCAGUUCUGUAUGGUGGAUAAGACGUAUGGCACCAUCUGUGACUGUGCUGAUGGUUACAGGCUGGCUGAGGACAACAGGAGCUGUGAGCCUAUAGUGAAUUUCCCAUGCGGUCGUUUGGGGAAGGAAAUUGCUACCGCUCUGGAUUCAUUUCGAUCCAUCAAUGAAGAAAAUGUCCAACAAACUCAGUCUGUCAACCAUCCAAACAUGACAGAGAGAAAUCACACAGCACCCAUCAACACAACCCAAGCAACACUUAGUAGCGCCCCCUCUCAGCCAACAAAGGCUCAGCCCUGGCCUUUCUUCCCCACGCUGCCCACAAUCAAAAACCAAACCAACAACCAACAUCGUAUUGUCGGGGGGAGUGAAGCAUUACCUGGGGAGAUUCCAUGGCAGGUGGCGCUCAUCGUCAAGAUAAGCAAUAUAACAUUCUGUGGCGGGGCUCUCCUGAGUGAUGUGUGGGUCAUCACAGCCGCCCACUGUCUCGAUGAGGUGAAGAUUGGACAGUUUCAUGUCAGAGUUGGGGAACAUAAUGUCAAAGAACCAGAGGGAAGAGAGAGUGAUCAUGAAAUAGCUGAACACCAUGUACAUUCCAACUACAACUUCCAGCGUAGCUACAACCAUGACAUUGCCCUGCUGAAACUCCAAACACCGGUCAAAUUCUCUUACUACGCCCUACCGAUCUGCCUGGGUCCCAUACACUUCACUGAGAAACUGCUGAGCAUUGUGCCUCAUUCCCUAGUGAGUGGUUGGGGCAGAAUUCGCUUUGGAGGGAAGGAGUCUGACACACUGCAGAAGGUUGAGGUUCCCUUUGUGGACCGCACUGAGUGCAAAAGCAGUGCUCAGAUUUCCCGCUUCAUGUUCUGUGCUGGAUACAGCACCAUCCGUAAGGACUCGUGCCAAGGAGACAGUGGAGGCCCACAUGCUACCAGCUACCGUGAUACCUGGUUCCUUACCGGCAUCAUCAGCUGGGGGGAUGAAUGUGCCAAGGAAGGCAAGUAUGGCAUCUAUACACGUGUGUCCAAAUACAUGACCUGGAUUACCAACAUCACUGGAAUCAGAGCAGGUUCCUCUUGA